AUGUCUCAAAUCGGACCUGACCCAUGGGAUUAUGAAUCUAAUAAAUUGUCUCAUAAAUUAUCAGACGAUACUGUCGUGCCACCAGACCUGCGAGCAAUACCAAAAAAUAUUUUGAGUUCAGAAAACAAGUCCGGAAUGAGCGAAUGGUUUUAUAGAAGAAUAUUAGCUAUUGUUCUUAAAGCUGGUCAAAUAAAGAAAAAUGAUGAUGACUCAAUUGAUAUCUCUUUACAAAUGAAAUUCGAUCAGGAACGUUGGAUGCUAUUGAAUAAUUACCUAACAUCAAGCAAACAGUUUACUGAGGAUAUGUUUCGGCGUUCAGUGGGAUACAUUGAGGACUCAAUAUAUAAACCCAGUAUAACAGAAAAAAUUGUUAUGGCAUGGGAUGAAUAUAUUCAUUUUUAUUUAGUACAAUAUAAGACACAAAUUACAUGGAUACUUAUUGUUUUAGCAAUAAAAAUCGGCAUAAUUUGGCUUUGGAGUCAUAUGUCACACAAACACAUAAUAAUUAUCUCCGUUUUACUUUUAUACUUAUAUGAAGUAUUUAUUUCUUAUAAGGAAGCUGAAAAACAGGAAGUGGAGAGAUUUUUAUCGGCCGUUCAUACCUGCAAAUGGUAUAUCUGGUCGUCAAACUGUGAAGUACCACCUCCCGAUCCCCUUAUCUUCUUGAAGCAUAUGAAUCCACUUAAGAUUGGAAUAAGAAUGUUCACUACGUUGAUAUCAGAACCAAUAUUAAUGAUAAGUGAUUGUAUGAAAACAAUAACACAUGGGAUCACUGAUGGUCUUUGUUUUUUGGGUUUGAUAAGUAUUGGAUUGAAGCAACGCAACAGGACAUUUAUGAACACUAACCGAAGUCAGCCGGCUGAUACUGAAUCUAACGAUAGGAUAAGUGGGGCGACAUUGGAUAGACUUCUAGAUGUUUGUUCACGCGCUCUUUCUACAGCACAAAUAUCACAAAAUAGAAACAACACGCUACAACUGGAUUCAACAAGAACUACAAAUUUGCGGAGGUCAGCUAGCACCAGCAGGCUGCCAAAUUUCCCACAUGAGCCAUUACUAAAUAACAACAAGCUAGCUCUGGAAAGCAUGCUUGGAAAGAGUAACUUAAGAAGACGCGGGGAUGGAAGUGGUGACGCGUAA